UUUAUAUUCUCUGAUCACCAACUGUCCUCUGGCCUCUAGUGGUAGUUUCUUGCCACCGUGAUGCCUAUAGCCCCCUCUCUCUCGCUUCUCUCGCCUCCCUGGCUCUUCUUUGAUCAUGUUUCUUGAGUAGUUGCCUAAUUGCUGAUUGAUGCUCGUCUGAUGGGGACCGUGGCAUAGCACUAUGCAAUUAAUCAUUGAACUAGACUACAUGGAUCUUUGGCUAAACUUGCUUUUGAGCUUAAUCAUUCUAUUUUAGCAAAAAGGAGAAUUUCAUGACCAGAAAGCUGAGUUAGAUAUCGUAGUAUGAACCCUAGAACUUUUUUGCAAGAUACUUCCAGUUCCUAAAUACAACCAAUAAGUAAUGUCCUAUUUCCAGUUCCUAAAUACACCCAAUUAGUUUGGUCCUUUCAAUUUGCCACUAGAAAUUAAAAUUUAAGAAAGGUGCUUUUCUCUUUGUAGUUAACUUUUAUCAAAAAUAUGUUAUCAAUCUGUUUAUGCUAGCAAAGCAACCACUUUUCUACCAAGUUAGACUUUGGAGUUUCAAUUGCAAAAUAUAGAGCCCAACACCCGUAGUCGAUCUUCUUGUCCUAGAGUUCACACUAUCGCCAUGACUUAUCAUGCAAGCAGAAAUGUAGGAAGUAGCAUGUUUGGCAGUGAAUGGAAUAUGUCUCUUCCUGUUGCCAAUAUACCAACAAAUUGGCAUGGUCCUAGUGGAUUGAAUGAGGAAAAUGUUCCAACCACAAUGCCAGAUUUACAUGAAAUUGGAUCCUAUCAACAGCCUUGCAGUCCAUUACUUGUCUCUUUGAUUCAUCAGGAGGGUUUAAACCAAUGUCAUAGUCUACCAAAUUUAACCUCAUCAUCGUCAACUUCAACAAAAUCCACAGAUAUUUGUUUGCAAUCUUCUAUACAUUACACCGACCGAUAUGCGUCAUCCUCAUCAGCCUUGGAACAAUGUCCAUAUAGUGGCAACAUGUUUCCCCUUCUCCAAAUCCACUUAUCCUCAAUGCAGACUUCAGCUCCCACUUCACUACAGGGUUUAGGCUUGACCUACCAACCAAAUGAGGAUGCACAAAUUCCAGGAGAUAUAGAUGAUAUCCUUCCAAGUGCUGUUGAACAAGAGCAUCGGAUGGAGUCUGAUCAGCCAAAGCAAAUCAUUCUCAGCAAUGGAAAUCAAGACAGAUAUGAAAUCAUUGGAGUAAACCAAGAAGCCCAAGUCAGUGAAGUCAAUGUUGGCAACAAGUCAAGAAUGCAGUGGACGCAGGAGCUACAUGAAUCCUUUGUACAAGCUGUCAACGAUCUUGGUGGCGCAGAUAGGGCAACCCCGAAAUGCAUCGUAAUCAAAAUGGGUAUUCCUGGACUAACCAAAGACCAUGUCAAGAGCCACUUGCAGAAAUACCGCCUUUCAAGAUAUCGGUCAGAAGGCAAAGAAGAUAAAAGGCCUUCUUGCCCAGAAGGAAAGAAACGGAAUGCAACUGAGGACAGUGGGAAUCCAAACUUGUCUUCAAACGAAUCAGAAACACUACACAUGCAGUGGAAGCUUCAAAAGACACUCCAUGAGCAACUUAAGAUUAUUAGGAAAUUGCAGCUACAAACUAAAGAAAAUGGCCGCCAGCUGCAGAAGUUUAUGGAAGAUCAGUACAAAGUAAGAGAAGCAUUUUUUCAAGCUACCCAGUCCAUGUCAAUGACAAAAGGGGUUGCCACUGAAGGAACCUUAGCUCCAUUCUCCUCAGAUAAACUGCCGGUUAGUUUGGAUGAAGAGCACUCAAUGAAAGAUGGGAUGCUUUCCGAUCUUGCAAAGCUUGAUGUCUCAAUCGAUGUUGAGCUGGCUUCGCUUUCCUACAAAAGAGCAAGGAUUGAUGCCGAGAGCAGCAAGGCUACCAUUUCAGGCAAUGUUUUUCAGCUGUAGUAUCUGACAAUGUUUGUUUACUAUAGUGCUUGAAUUUCACAUGGUAGUGUAAAUAAGAUGGCAUUUUCCCUAUCUCAAGCAUGCAACACAGAGUUGUUUUUGUAUUUUGCAUGCUUCUUUAACUGCACCAGCAAAAUAUGGAGUUGUAAACUCUAAUAGCAUUUUUGUUUUAUUCUAUCAACAUUAGUAUUUGAUGCU